UAUAUUCUUGUCUGUUGGGCAUUUAAACGAGGUUUCGUCCUGACAAAAGUGAGAAAGACGUCGCUGUGAGUGAAGACGGGAGAAUGAGGCUUUUUGGACACGUCGCCCUUUACGGCAUUGCUCUACCGCUACUUACCAUUGCAAAAUCUCUGAGUGACUUGCCUAUCCAAGGCUUCGUUGGAGACUUGGAGGUGAAGAAGGUUGCAAAAAGGAGUCCUGGAUGCACGAAUGUGUACAACAACUGUGUCUGCAAUUUCUACAAGCUGAAGGACCACUGUUCCUCGCCUGUUCACGAAGCAUGGAUGAGGGGAAACUGCGAAGCCACUUGUGGAUUUUGUGCCGACCCCGAGGACCACAUUUGUGACAACAUCUAUCCUGAUCAGAUGUGCGACCUUUUUGCGAACCGUGGUCUUCACCAGAAGCCACAGCUUCAAUACUUCAUGGCGUGUAAGUGUCCGAAAGCGUGCGGAAUCUGUGAUGUGGGACGACCUUCAGCAGCCCUACCAAUCCCCGAUGACACCUUUGACCAGGAGGAAUGUCUGAGGCUUCAUAAUGAGAAAAGGAGUCAUCACGGUGCAGCAGAUCUCACGUGGUGUCCGGUAUGUGCAUCCUCCUAA